CCCAAACUGACGCACCACCAUCACAGUCGAGAGUUCCGUUAAGCCCUAAACGGGUUUUCAAAGUAUUUUCAUACCUGCUUAAUUGCUUGUAUGAAAAUUUAACCGGUCCAUUCAUUCCAUCGAUUCUUCAAUAUGGUUGGCACAAGUUAUCUAGUCAAAGAAAGAAGAUAUCUGUCAAGAAUAGUCAAGUUUUUUCUGAUAAUAUUCCUUACUUUAUGCAUUCUGGAAAUGUAAAUGUGACCAGUUCUUCUCAUGAAUCUCCUGUUAUCAUUUUCAUUAGUAGUUCUUGGAUUUCUGGAAAUAAAGCAAUUUGCAUGCCAGUAGCUAAUAAUUUACAAAGUCAGGGUUAUAUUGUUGUAGUUCCUGACAUCACACUUUAUCCAAAAGGAAAAAUUACAGAAAUGGUUUCUGAUGUUCAACAGUGCAUCCAAUGGACGUAUAAUCAUAUUAGGCAAUUCCGUGGUGAUCCUUCACAGAUCUAUCUUAUGGGUCAUUCCGCAGGGGCGCUCUUGUCUUCUUUAACUGUGAUUCACGAUGUUUGUGCCACUUUGCAUGCACUUCCGAUUAACACAACUGAUGUGAGGAUUCCUGUUUGUGGUCCUACAAAUGGAAGGACUGGAUUACCGAGAAUUCAAGGGCUAAUCUUAUUCUCGGGCGUUUAUGAUACGACUUAUCACUACGCAUAUUUACAUCAACGAGGUCUUGAACAAGUUCAUGCUAUGCCCCGAGUAAUGGGAAAUACAUCAGAAUCUCUACUUCAAUGCUCACCUACUUAUUUACUCAAUUAUGCUCUCAAUAAUUCACAAAAUCGCGAUCAGCUUAGGGCAUUGUUACCUCGAAAAAUUUUUCUGAUACAUGGAGAUAAGGAUUCGUUUCACCCUCCAACUUCUACUCGUAACUUUUUCUCCCUACUGGAUUCUGUUGGUAUACCUUCAGUGCAACUUAAAAUUUAUGAAGAUCUUAAACAUAUUAGUCCUUGCAUUGAUCUAAUCGUACCAACAAAAAGGUUAUGUGUGCUUCUAUUAGAGGAUAUUAGAGAAUGUUGUCAAAAUGUUAGCCCAGUUAUGAUGGGAGGAAGUUUGAGCGAAAGACAGGCAGAAGGUGAAGAGGAAGAUAAUUAUAAUCGUAAUCGUAGUCGAGGUAGAACACGAAGGAGGAUGGCUUUAACUCGAUAUACUCAAAUAUAG